UUAAAAAGCAAGAUUCACAAGAUAAAUAUACCAAAAACACAAAACAAUCUCAGGACAGAAAUAAUGACAUAGUAUUUAAAGGAUUAGCAAAAAUAAUCAAAGCUUCAAACUAUCAAAAAAUGCAAAAUCUA